AGAGAGAGAGAGAGAGAGAGAGAGAGAGAGAGAGAGAUAAAGGUUAGCGAUGGCGACGAGAUCGAAUAUGAAGGGUUUCUACAAACAAAAGAAGAGCACCAUCGCCGGUGGUGUCUCCAAGAAGAAGAAAACCCAAGGCGCUUCCGCCGCCGCCGCCUCUUUGGGCUCCGACGUCACCCAACCCUCCGCCCUUAUCUCCCACGGCGCUCCUGAUCUCAAAGAUGAUUAUGAUGAGCAAGAGGAGGUGCUGAGGCAAUUUGAUUUGAACACGGCGUAUGGACCGUGUUUUGGGAUCACCAGACUCGCAAGGUGGGAGCGUGCCUGCAAGCUGGGGAUGGAUCCUCCCAAGGAAGUGGAGAAUCUUUUGAAGAGUGGGAAGGCUCGACUCGAGUGCUUGUGGGAUGGUCGCAUUUAGAAUUAGGGAAUGUGCUUGUUUGUGUCAUCUCAUGUUACUGGAGUUGCUGUGGUAUUAGAGGUGAAAGGUUUUCAGCAUCUUGCCGAAACAUGGUUAUGUUUUACAAUGUAUCUCGACUACUAUGUGCAGAUCCUAGUAUCUUUAGCUUAGCAUUAGAAACUAUGUUUAAUUUAUCUAAUUUGAUGUGUGACUACUGGCGCUGAUGUGGUUGGGAGUUGAGGGAAGCGUUUAGCAUUUGGCUGGAAUUUGCUUUUGUUUUGUAAUGUUCUGAACUUAUUAUGCUAAUCCUGAUCAUGGCGUUUCAUUUUCGGAUAGUUUCGUCUACAAUUAGAAGCUUUCCCUUUUUGUUUAA